CAAAUGACGGAUGUUUAGGUUGUAGAGGGUACGAUCAUGGCGAUGUUUCGGAGUUUGGUCUCCGGCAGUCAGGCGAAACAUACGCCGGCAGUGCCGGGGGAAAACUUGGCGGAUUCGUACAGCUGUCCCAUCUGUCUGGAGGUCUACCACAAGCCGGUGUCUAUAGCUAGCUGCGGACAUGCGUUUUGUGGGGAAUGUUUGCAACCCUGCCUCCAAGUGGUAUCACCUCUCUGCCCACUUUGCCGCAUGCCAUUUGAUCCAAAGAAAGUGGAAAAGGCCUCUAAUGUGGAGAAACAGCUCUCUUCCUAUAAGGCUCCCUGUCGAGGAUGCAAUAAAAAGGUGACUCUGGUAAAAAUGCGAGCUCAUAUUUCCUCCUGCAAUAAAGUUCAGGAGCAGAUGGAUAACUGCCCAAAGUUUGUUCCAGUUGUUCCUACCACACAGCCCAUUCCCAGCAAUAUUCCAAACCGUUCCACAUUCAUCUGCCCAUACUGUGGAGCACGAAAUCUUGACCAACAGGAAUUAGUCAAACAUUGCAUGGAAAAUCAUCGUAAUGAUCCCAAUAAAGUGGUAUGCCCAAUUUGUGUGGCAAUGCCAUGGGGAGAUCCAAGCUACAAGAGUGCCAACUUUCUUCAGCAUCUGCUUCACAGGCACAAGUUCUCCUAUGAUACAUUUGUGGAUUACAACAUUGAUGAAGAUGCGGCAUUACAUGCAGCAAUAGCACUUUCUCUCACAGAGAAAUGAAGCAACUGCCUGCAUAGAGAUCUAAGCAGACAUCCUUUGUACACGUCACCUUCUCUCACCUGACGAAGAGAGUGGCAAUUUCCCAACAUUCUGUAGGGUACUGUCAUCCUCUGCACAAGUCACCUUCUCUCAUCUGGGCAAAAAUAGUGUCCUCGUCCCAAUAUUCAGUAAGGUGCUGUCAUCCUUGGCACAGGCCAUUUUUCUCUGUGCAAAGCGAGUGGCAAUUUCUUAGCAUUCUGACAGAUACCAUCACCUUCUGCAUAGGCCACCUUCUCGAUCUGGGAAUAGAUAGUGCUCAAUUCUUAGUUUUCAAUCGGGUGCUAUCAACCUCUGUAUAAGUUCACUUCUCGCACCUAGGCACAGGUCACAUUCACUUCUUUGCAUUCAAGAGGGUUCUGGUAACUCAGCUAAUCAAGUAACCAGUUGGGUAAUAAGUUUAUUUUUAAUCAUUAGUGUGUACCUAUACCUUUUGUUCAGUUUAAAUUUGUUCCUACAUUUUUCUGUGUUACAAAUGUUGUACAUUGUGGGGGUGUCUGUGUGAAAGAAUUGUUUGAUUUACGGUUGGUGUUUUUAAUGUUUGAGGUCAUUUUGCAUUACAAGAAAUGAAAGCAUAUUUAAAAAAAAAUACAGGAAAGAUUGGAAAACUAGAGAAUCACGUGAAGAAACCUUUCACCAGUGCUAUGUAUCAUUUAUGUUGUUGCUAAUCAGAGCUCGAAUUUAACAGUUAGCAGAUGGUAAAUUUAGUGAGAGAUGUUGCAAACAGAGAGAUGGCAGAGUGGCUUGGAUUUCAUAGCUGUAGUUAUAACUAAAUUGUUGACAUUCACUGUCAAUAUAAUUGUGAAACCAUCAGCAACUACUGGUGUUGUCACGUUUGUUGUUAAAUGUGGGAAAUCCAGAAGCUGCUCUCACCCCUGAUUUCCUCAGUGUUUCACAAGGCACACUGUUGAAGUCCCUGUUGGAGAGAAAUCUUCAGAGCCCACUUCAGAAAUUAUGUGAACUUACUAUUUGUGCUUUUGGUCCUGCUGUAUUAAGCACUGCUAAAGUUAUACCUUGCUGAAUAAGUUGUAAUUGGGUUUAAUAAUGGCAUACUCAGUUCAUAAUUACUUCUGAACACCUUCUCUCACCUGAAAAAUACUCAUUUAUGGAAAUGUUCAAUUUAUCCAUUAUGUAAGUCUGGACAUGUAAAGUAAUUGUCAUUUUUAAAGUUUAUAUUUCAGUUUCCAGCUUCAUCUCAUGUGUAUAAUCUUAAUCUUUAUCAUGUAAUUGGUAAAAUGAUUGGAAAAUAAGGGAUAAUUGCUGGUCAUUACUUCUUAGUUUGCUGUCUGUGAGAAUUUCUCACUGUGAUAUCCUACAUGGUGUCAUCACUGCUUCUGAUUGUUGGAAGUAUCUUCAAGCUAUCGGUGGAAGGAGCGUAAUGUGAUGAGAAGGCAGAUCCAGCCAUAUAAACCACUAGGGACAUUCUUUUGCUACCAGUUACAAAGUCCAGGCCAGUGUGUGUUGCAUAUGCAUAUAUCUGACUCUAUAUAUAUAUAUAGCCAUCUACUCUGAAUAAAUUAUUUUCAGUUUUAUAUUUAGCCUAUUGAAUAUAAUCUAUUGAUAAUAUAAUGGGGCGAUAAAAAUUGAUGAUUUAACUCUGACCUAUACUGGCCUGAGUAUGAAUCACUAGAUGCUCGAACUUUAGUUUUUCUUUAGAAUAUUGUUUGUCUUGUCUCAUUCUUUGAGGUAACUCAUUAUUAAUUCUCCACCCCGGAAGAAUUAUAUACUUUACAACAUUCUAAUUGGCUCAAUAAGGUGCAGGUCAUGCAUUCCAAUAACAUUCACAGGAAUUGCUUUAAAAUGGGAUAGGCUAGGUACUCGUGGCUAUUUAAGUACUGGAUGGGUAAAAAGUGCUGGCUUUCCCAAUAAUACUUACAUAUCCUGAACAGUAAAAUAAAAAUGCACUGAUAAAUAAUAUGCUUCUUCACAAAUAAAAACAAAGUGUUGUAGAGGUUCAAUGGGCUUGACAGCAUCAGUGGAGAGAGCAAUAGAGCUAACAUAUUGAAUCCACUGUUUUUCUUCAGAGCUUAAUAGGCUGGAAAGUGAUGGUUAUCAUGUUGUUGACUAAAGGGGAGGAUGAGUGAGGGUCACAGAUAAUGAGGGUGCCUAGAGAAAAAAACAAAAGGAGUGCUAAUAGUUGUAAAGGAGAGAACUAGAUACAAAAUAGUUGUAAAUAGUCAAAAAUAGGUUGGCCUUGCUGAAAACAAACCCAUGCAAACAAGACACUGAUGGGAGGAGGUGGAUAAUCAAAACGGAGGAAGGGUUCAUGUACUGAAGUUGGUGAACUCAAUGUUGAGUCCUGAAUCUGUAAAAUACUAUGGUGGAUAAUGAGGUAUUAUUCUCCAGCUUGUGUUGAGUUUCACUGAACCACUACGGAUCUACAAUAGAAAGGUUAGCAUAAGAAUAAGAGAGUAUUAAAAUGGCAAGCAAUUGGAAGAUUGGGAUCAACAGAGCAGAGUACUGUAUAUUGUGCAAAGCAUUCACAAAUACAGAAGAGCCUGCACUGUGAGCAGCAAUUUAACCUGUUUUUUUCAUAUUACUCUCAAGGGGUCAUGCAGGUCUACUUACUAUUUGGCCCUAAGGUCUGUUGUAGCUCUCCAUUGAUAUUUAAGGAUAAUUAUUUCUGUUGAUAUGCUCUCAGUUCUCAGAAAACUGAUGGUGUAAAACUAUUGAGCUCUUUGAAAUUACAUGCCAAAGAUGCAAAUUGGUGUUUUGGUAAUUACACGUGCCGUUCUAUUUGACACCACGUGACAUUAUGGGCUGAUUAGCAAAUACGUUUUGUCUUAUUUUCAGAGCAUUGGACAGCGAAAUGCUACAUGCACUGUACAUAUUGUUGAAACUUUCAACAUGCCUGAAAAUAUAAGAGGAUUUUAAUCAACUAAAUCAGCAUAUCUCUUUCACUGAAAAGAUAUGGGGGCAACAUUGAACAGGAUCUGAAAAUGAACAGAAGGAUUGCAAUGCAUGAAUUACGCCGUGGUUGUUGCUUCCAGUGCAGGCCACGUGCAAACUCUGUGCUGUCUGUGCACUUAAAUAAUUACAGUGUGCAGCCAACGCUAAGCAUAUUAUUAAGUGGUUGUAUGCCUGAGCAGAGGAUUCAAAAUUGUGAGAGGAUAGCAUGAGUAAAAGUUAGCCUAUCCUACUUAAGCCCAGUGUGCACUUAAUGUCAUAGAAUUCCUAUGAUGAGGAAAGAGACCAUUCAGUCCAUCCGUUCUGUACCAACCUGCUGAAAGAUACCCCCCACCUUUCCCUGUAACCCUGCAUUUACCGUGGCUAACCCACCUAACCUGCACAUCUAUGGGGUUUGGGAGGAAACCCUCGCAGACACAUGGAGAAAGUCUGUGUAGUUUGCACAAUCACCCAAGGCUGGAAUCAAACCCUGGUGCUGUGCGGCAGCAGUCCUGACCACUGAGCCACUGUGCACCCUUCCUUAAAAGGAGGUGCAUUUGGCUGAAGCAUUUGCUGGAAUUUGUUUAACAAAUUAUUUUUUACAUGGGGAACACUCAACAUUGGCACAUAGUGACUUAAUGUGGGUUCCAAGACUUGCCCAUGAUGAACAGGGGGCAUUAGUGGAGAAGUGGAAAGAUGUGAAUUUUUGAUAGGACUCCAAAAGCUCUCAAGAUAAACUUUGCAAAGGUAAUGAGCCCAGAUUGCUGUGGAGGUCUAUGCCAGGAGUCAAUAAUCUAGCAGCACAACGAACAUUAAUGACAUCAGACCCUGGAUGUAUUCAAAUACUAGACCAGAGCACAGAGGAGCUGAUGUCUGGUAAUCCGUCCUUCAACUCAUUGCUAAGAUGCCACCCCAGUGGUGUGGCAGUUCUUCUGUGUAGGCCAGUUUUGUUUGUCCUAUCUCAUAACUUUCAUCCUCACAUCCUUGUCACCCCAUCAAUGUCCUUGUUGUUGAUGGUCAAUCAGCCAAGCAGAGUGCUAUGAUCCAAAGCUAGAAUAAAUAUGGCCAAACUGCUGAAGCUCUUGCUGCCAAUGGAAAUACCUUGCACCAAGCAUGCUGCAGCCACUGAGGUAAAACUGUGUCAGAGUACUAGGACAGAGAAAGGUGCAAGAAAAGUCAGCACCUAAUGCGCAAGGGAAAUUAGCCUGGUAUAGUUUAAUUUAUAAAUUUAGCUUGGAAUGUUUAUCUUGCAUUACACCAAGGCAGGCACUGUGAUGUGAUGCUCAUGGUUAAAGGGAACAUUAGAUACAAGACUAGUGAAUGGGAAAUUGGGCUGGUGAUUACUGGUAUCACAGACCAGUGAAAGUGUCAUGGUCACCAUUUUUCUCUUGCUCCACAACCAUCUCACUGGUGUUCAUUUUACCUGUGGCAUGGGUUAUAUUCUAAUGAUGGUAAGAUUGUGCUCCAUGUAACAUGUUGCUGAGUAUUGUUGAUCUCCCCCCAAAGAGAUCCAAGCUCUGGUAGCAUUGGGUUGAAUUUUCCUGCUCGAGAUGUUGAGCUUGGAGGUGAGGUAUCCCAGAGGUUAAUCUUAUGGACGGUGAGAACCAGGAAUGGAUGACCACCCCAUUGAAGUGAGCAACAAAUUGAGUUGUUCACAUGUAUAAUUUUCCAGGUAUUCAGGCAUUCUCCAGAUGGUGGCGCAGUUCCCCUCCCUGGACCCGAGGGGUUGCUCAACAAAGGAGACUAACCUGAACCAGGCCAGGGGCUAUCAACGAAUCAUGCCCCAAAGAGUGGACCACCUACUGGUGCUUGAAGUGGACAGUGCUAAUUGCCACUAGCAAUUUUAACCUAGGCCACCCUCCACGUUGAAACAUUCCUGCAGGACCUGGCUCUGCUGCUAGGAUUGCCAUGACUACAAAAGUUGUGGCUCUUCUGUUUGGGCUAGUGAAUCAGGAAAUAAAUGCAGUCCAUAAGUUGAUGGUAGUGGAGUCAUGUGAGAAGAUUGUAUUGUUGGAUGCUGUGCCAAUCUCUGGCCUCCAUUUGGUCCCAAAUCACAUUCCCAAAGUUCAUGGGAAAAUCCUAAACAGGGUUCCAGUAUAGCAAGGUGUAUUUAUGAUAUUUCAUGCAUGCAUGAUAUUUGUUGUGCAAUAACUCUUGUCAUACAGUAGCGAAACCUUGGUUAUAAAGACUCAAAGACUGAUGGCAGAGUGGACUUCUGCAGAAUGAAGCCAACAAAGCCUGAAUUUUACAAAUGCUGGGAGUACUGCUCAUUCAUGGGAAGAACCUAUCAUUCCUAAACAGCCUGACCAUUGAACAAGGUCUCCCCACAGCAAUAAAGUUGUCCAAGCAGCCUUGAGGAAUGAAGGAUUGACUUCUAUCCUUCACUCGAUGGAAGUCUAGAUCUGUAGAUGAAAGAAACAUAGAUCCCAGAGAGAGUUAAAUCAGGCUAUUGCACGCAGGGAUCGGGGAAUUGAAAGGUGUGCUGGUGUGGGGUUACAGUACGGAUUUUAUUUGCUAGCUUUAAUACCUUGUUUGGUGGGGUAAGGGAUGAGAGAAUGUUUUUUACAUUCAACAAAUACUCUUUAAACGAUCAAUCUCUUCCUGCUUUUUAAACCAGUUGUGUUCCAAACUUGUUCUUGCCCAUCAUGGAUCCAUACCAGCUGUAUUUUUGCUGCAUAAUAUUUGAAUCAAAUAGUUUGUUAGCAAACUCAAAUGUGCAUUAAUUUCUUUUCUAAGACUAGCAAUCUAUAAUUUUAGAGUUUCUUGAAUUUGUCACUGCAGAAGUCAGUAAGGCAAGUGGAGAGUAUUCUAUCACAUGCUUGACUUUUGCCUUGUAGAUAGUGGACAGGCUUUGAGGAGUCAGGAAGUGAGUUACGCACCACAGAAUUCCCAGUCUCUGAUUUGCUCUUGUGGCUACUAUUUAUGACUGGUCCAGUUAAGUUUCUGCUAUAUAGUUAAACCCCCAGCACUCAGCGUUGAUGAUAGGAGACAAUGGCUACUGGGAGGUUCCACAAAUGCCAAUUGAUGUGUUAAUACAAUUCAGUGAUGUUAAUGAGGUUGAGACAGUUAAAUUCUGUUUUCUUGGAGAGGGUCAUUACCUGGUACCUAGCACAAACAUACCUGCCACUUAUCAGCCCAAGCCUGAAUGUCUUGCAGAGGUUAAUGUGUUCCCCAGUUGCAUCAACUUAUUCACAUUUAUAAACUGUUGUAGUAUUCCUUAUAGAACUUCAGUCUUUGUAUCUCAAACUUUUGGACAAGAAAUUUGAAUAGUGUGUUGCUAUCAUAGAACUUUGAAAAGAACAGCACAGAACAGGCCCUUCGGUCCACAAUAUUCACUGAGGAUUAUUCCUAAUGUAAAAUAAAAUAACCUAA